GAAACUUUCUUGUUGUUGCACAGCUCUUCUGCAGCAGCAGCAGCAGCACUCACAUUGAACCGCUUCAAUUCACCAUCUGAAAUGCACUUGACUGGACUGUGCGGGGUUUGCGGGACUUUGUCAUCCUGUGAAGUAAUGGCGCUCCAUCUUCAUUUAUCGACAGCGCGUCACUGAAGAUAAACAGCAGCUUAAUCGCGAAACUUUUCAAGGAUCAACUUUGGAAAUAAAUGACAUUUCUUUGUACUUGAGGAUGGAGACGGUGUUUUACCUGCUCGCCUUCUUGCUGGCCCGGGUUAGCUGGGGUCUUGGAUAUGCGGAGUCCAGUGUUCAGUCGGGACAGAGAGCGGCCAGCAGACACAGGAACUGGUGUGCUUACGUGGUGACACGCACUGUGAGCUGUGUGAUGGAGGAUGGGGUGGAAACGUACAUCAAACCGGACUAUCAGCGGUGUACCUGGGGCCAGUGUCCUCGAGUUGCCUACCGGACAUACAGGAGGCCAAGGUACAAGGUAGCUUACAAAAUGGUGACAGAAAUGGAGUGGAAGUGUUGCCAUGGUUACUCUGGGGAAGACUGCCACGAUGGGCCGAAGGUAACCACUGACACUCAGGUCAAUGGAGGGCGACCCCGCGUCACGCAGACGGGCUACAACACAGGUGGCGGACAGAGAGGAGAAGGUGACAGUGAGAGGAUCAGACAGCUGGAGGAUACGAUCAGCGGUCUGACUAAAGACCUCCACAACAUGCAGACCACCAUCCACAGCAUGAACCAGAGGCUGCCUGGUCUGAAUGGGGCAGUGGUCCCUGCUGAUUCAGCUCAGCCACAGAUGAAGGAAACCAUCAACAACAUCCAGACCAAGCUGGACCAUCUCUACAACAGAACACAGGUCCAUGACCAGACCCUGCUUAACAUCAACAACCACCUGGUGAACGGAGGAGGCAAUGAACUGGAUGGAGUGGUCAGAGGAGGAAUUGGGGGAAACCAGCUGAACACCCUGAAGGAGGAGAUACUGACGGAGCUGGAGACAAGGGUGACUCUGUCCUGCUCUGCCUGUCAGGCUGGUGUGGAGGACCUGAGGCGCCAGCAGCAAGAGGACAGGGAGCGGAUCCAAGCCCUGGAGAAACUGGUCAACUCCAUGGACCAACACUUGAGGCAGAGCCUGGACAUCUCCCACAGUGAGACUCAACGCUCCCAGGCCUGCUGCAACACAGUCACUAAGCUGGAGAAAAGGAUGUCUGAUCUGGAGGUCCGUGUCACCUCCACUGCUAACAAAUGUGACACUAUUAAAGGACGACUGGAUAAGGAGCUAGCAGGGACAGGUGGAGGAAAGGGAAGAGUGACAGAGGACAGAUUGAAUGGCAGACUGAGAGAAUUGGAGAAGAAGGUGAAUAACACAAUGAGGAAGACAGAGCAGCGGUGUACAAACACAGGGAACAAUGUGAAAGACAAUGUCCAGAGAGACGUUACACAGCUGCGCAACAUGGUCCUCAGUCGGCUGGAUGAUAACAGCUUCAAGAUCGGCAAGAUAGAACUGGACGUGUCUGUUCUGGGAGAUACAGUCACUGACCACAGCCGGCGUUUAAGUCAGAUGGAGAACAUCACAACGUACCUGGACAGAAGGCUAACAUCAAUCGCAAACAUCUGCAAUGAGACCUGUGGGGCUAACGGAAAAGUCCAGAAGACUGACGACACUGUGAAAACCUUAGAGUGGAGAGUUGUGGCUAAUGAAGAGGAGAUUCAGAAGUUCAACACCAAGUUAGACGAUCUGUCAGUUUCAGGGGACUCGCUGAUUGACAGAGUGAUCAGCUUAACAGACGAUGUCAAAAAGAUAAUAGCUGUGACGGGGGAGAACGGCGAAAAUUUCAACCGGAUUGUCACAGAGGUUGAAACAUUGGGCCGUGAUUUUGAGGACUGUUCUAUUUGUAGCAGUGUGGAGGAGGAUUUGCGCUUGCUCACCAACUCCACUAUGAGCGGCCUCAGCAAGUGCCAGACAGAACUUACAGAUCUACGGAGAAAGGUCAACUCAGAAGAAUCUGUCUGUUCUCAGGUGUGCUCCAACCUUCAGGAGGAGGUAGGACGACUCAGAGAGGAUGUGGAGGAGUGUACUGGACAAUGUAAAGUCAACAUCAAUGAUCUGAAGAAACGCCUGGACAGUCAUGGUGUCCAUAGUGGAAGAUUAGGUGGGGAUCUGAAGUCCAUCCAAGGAGAGCUGGCUGGGGUCAUGGUCACAUUUAACUCUAUCAAUGACACUCUGAAGGGCCUGGGAAGGACUAUACAGACGCAUGGGAACACACUGACUGAUCUGACCAACACCAAGGACAACAUAAUUUCUGAGGUGGACAAUUUGCAGAAGGAGCUGACAGAUCAUGUUGAUGACUCCAAGAUUCGAUUUGGCAGUCUGGGCAAAGAGAUCAAAAUAAUUAGGAGCAACUAUGUGACGGAGAUCGGGGAGUGCCGGCGGUCCAGCGAUGGUCUGGACAGAAGACUUUCUAAGCUGGAGGAAGUAUGCACACGCUUGGACUCUUUUUCAGACAGCCUGGAGAGGAUCAAGGAGGGUCUGAACCGACAUGUGUCUGGGCUGUGGAGCUGUGUUAAUGGACUCAAUGUCACGGUAAUGUCUCAAGGAGAUCUUAUCGAUGAUAUCCAGAACGUCCAGCUGGAGAAUGUCCACUCCGACAUACACAGACUGAACUCUUCAGUGGUGGACUUGGUCAAGGAGUUCCACAGUUUCAUAGAGCAGGACUUCAUGGGUCCACCUGGUCUCCCGGGCCCUCAAGGAGAGAGAGGCGAGCGCGGAGCCCAGGGUCCUGUAGGACCCCAAGGGAGGGUAGGACUCCCAGGCAGAGAGGGCAAGCAGGGACCAGCUGGACCCCCAGGUCUCAGAGGCGAACAGGGUCUUGCAGGAUCUGAUGCACACGUUCCACGCCUUUCUUUCUCUGCGGCACUGACCCGUCCAAUGAGAAUCGCAGGAACCAUAGUGUUCAAUGAGGUCUUUGUCAAUGAAAAUAAUGUCUACAAUCCCAGAACAGGGUAUUUCACAGCUCCAGUGAGUGGGAAGUACUUCUUCAGUGGCAUCCUUACGGGCCAUAAGAACAUGAAGAUUGAGGCUGUGUUGUCCAAGUCCAACACUGGUGUGGCCCGAGUGGACUCAGCUGGGUAUCAGCCUGAAGGCCUGGAGAAGCCCAUGGCAGAGGCCAAACACAUCCCUGGGGCUCUGGCUGUCUUCAACAUCAUCCUGCCCUUGGAGGCAGGGGAUACAGUCUGCAUCGACCUUGUCACUGGCAAACUGGCCUACUCCUCUGAACCCUUGACCAUCUUCAGUGGCAUGCUGCUGUACGAGACCAUCUGAUUGGAUGUAGUCUCAACCUCUUGGUGAAACUUUCAGCAUGAGAGCAUCUGAUUUGUCUGCUGGAUUGUUAGAGACAGAGCUGCUGGUUGAACAGGCGAAUAACUGAAUUGCCUGGACUGAUUCAUUCAGCAAGGAGAAAAAUAUGUUACUUUAUGUGCUAAGAAAGAAGGAAAGGAAUCCUUUUCAACCACGAUCAUUUUUGUGUUUCACAGCUUUAAGAAAAACUAUUUGUGCAAAGAGCCAUUGUGUUUUUUUAUUCUUUGUUGUCUUCAGAUAAAAGCCUCUGCAGGGUUAUCUUAUAAUUCCAUAUAUCAUGCUGUUCCAUCAAGACAGCCUUCAGGUCUGGUGUUAAUGAAAGGACAUUUGGUAAGAUGAUAGAAGAUUAAGGAUGUGGGUAGUCUUUUUUUUUUUUUUUUUUGCAUGUAAUCCACCCACAGCAUA